AUGGCACAGGUACUAGACCUGUCCAACCCCAAUCGCCCAAUUCAUGUGGGUGUGAUUCUGAUGGGAGGAAUUACUGAAGUGCUUGAUGUGGCACCUAUCGAUAUGAUUUAUUCACUAGGCAAAGACUUUAUCUCAACAUUCCCAGAUGCGCUAGUUCCGCCAAGUCUCAAGGCAAGAGCAAUCGACUUCAAGAUUCAUUGGGUCUCUGAAACUGGGGAGACAACAUACAGUCAGCUCACUAGUGGUUUACGCAUAGUUCCUACAGAUACUUUUGAGACUUGCCCACCACUUGACAUUGUGCUCAUUGGUGCACAUAAUUUUGGCUAUACGCCAAACGAUUCGGAACUACGCUUCGUGCGCAAGAGCUGGGAGACGAGCUCCGCCUUCCUCACAAUAUGUGCUGGUGUUGAGGUCCCUCUACAAGCUGGCUUAUUAGAAGGCAAGACUGUAACAGGCCCUCGAUUCCUACUUAACGAGCUUCGCCGAAACGGACCUAAGUCAAACUGGGUUGAGAAGAGAUGGGUACGAGACGGCAAACUCUGGACCAGCGGCGCCCUACUUAACGGAGCGGAUCUGAUGCAUAACUUUACGAGCUAUUACUGGGGAGGAGGAGAUGAUACAAUCGGGGCUCUUAUAUCAAAAAUGGGCGGAUGGCCUAAUAGAGAUGUUGAGUAUAAGGACGUCCCGUGGAAAGAGUAG